AUGGAUGAACCUUUUUAUGAUGACGGAUUCUGUCUUCAAAAAUGUCCAAACUCCUUAAAAUUUAUAUCAAGAGAAACAUCCCCUUUUAAUGCUUUACUGUACAAAUGUGUGUCGUCAUGUUCAAAGUAUGUUUCCCUCAAUAAUCUUUGUGUUGAUAUGUGUCAGACAAAUGAGGUGUUAUAUGCAAAUGCAUGCCUUCUUCAAUGUCCAAAAUCCGAUCCAUUUCAUGUCCAUUUACCGGUCAAGGAUAGAGGAAAAGUCAAUAUCACAUCAUCUUACGAAAUACAACAACCGAUUUCUGCUUUUGUGGUAUGUGCAUCUAAAUGUCCACAUAAUUUUGUCAUGGACUCUGGCGAAUGUUAUGCUGAUUGCUUCAAUUCCAGCAGAAAAAUGAUACAUAAUUCAUCAUGUUUUGAAAAAUGUCCAACUGAUCAUCCAUAUAUGACCAAAACUGGAAGCAAUUUUCUGUGCUCAUCUUUUUGUAUUCACCGCCGCUUUCACCUGGAUUGUGUCGAAAAUUGUCCUAGUUCGGACACAUCAGUUAAUGAAGGUGAAUGUGUUAAUUGCACAGAAAUAGGAAUGUUUGAGCAAGGAGAAGAAUGUGUCAAUAAAUGUUCAAAAUUUAUGUAUGAAAAUAAAUGUUACGAUUCUUGUCCAUCUAUCGCACAAUUUACGUUUAAUAAUACCUGCUUCAGGACCUGUCCUGAUAAUGUUAGCUUGGUUGACGAACAACAUUAUAGCAAUGAUGCACUUUUUGUCUGCGUGGAAAAUUGCCCUGGGUUUAAAUACGUACUGGGUAACCAGUGUGUCUUGAAAUGUCCUUCAUAUAAACAAUAUCAUAUCGAAGGUAAAUGCAUAUCCUGCCAAGACAUUGGUAAAUUUGAUGACGGAAAAAAAUGCGCUGAUGUUUGUCCAGAGAUUGGGUACAACUUUCGUUGUAUUAAACAGUGUCCGUAUGGCACAAAAUUGUACAAUAAAUCUUGUGUAAUGACCUGUCCAAGUGAUAUGCCAGUUCAGCUACAUGAUUGGAAGAAGGGAUAUUACUGUGAAAUUAAAUGUCCGUCAGGAAUGUUUUUGUUUGAUACCUACUGCACAUAUAAUUGCUAUGGCAGAUAUUCACGAAAUUAUGUAUACAAUGACACGUGCGUAGAUAAAUGCCCUUCACAAGCUUCUUAUUUAAAGAGCUUCAGAAAGUACAGCAGACUACUCUAUCAUUGUGUAGAAGAUUGUGAACAAGGACAAGUUAAACUUAACAAAAACUGUUACAAUUCAUGUCCAGAAAAUUAUCAUGUAUUUGAUGGAAACUGUGUCUUGAAAUGUCCACGAGAAGUUCCAUUCAUUUACAGAGGACACUGUGUGAAGAACUGUUCUCAUUACAAACUAGGAUUCAACUGCUAUGAUGAUUGUCCACCUCACUUGUAUCGCGAUAAUGGUACAUGCUUGGUGACGUGUCCCGUUCAUCGUCCAUACGAUUAUCACAGAAACUGCACAGAGAAUUGUAAAAUUAAUACAUAUAAAAUGGACGGAAGCUGUAUCGAUGAUUGUCCACCUCACUUGUAUCGUGAUAAUGGUACAUGCUUGGUGACGUGUCCCGUUCAUCAGCCAUACGAUUAUCACAGAAACUGCACAGAGAAUUGUAAAAUUAAUACAUAUAAAAUGGACAGAAGCUGUAUCGAUGAUUGUCCACUUCACUUGUAUCGUGAUAAUGGUACAUGCUUGGUGACGUGUCCCGUUCAUCGUCCAUACGAUUAUGAAAGAGACUGUUUAGAAAGCUGUAAAAACAACACUUAUGAAGCAGACAAAAGCUGUUAUGAUACUUGUCCUCCCGGGUCAUUUGGAUACAGAGACAAAUGUCUGCCUAAAUGCCCGACAGAGGCUAAGUUUGAGUACUUAGGAUUAUGCAAAGAGAGAUGUCCAAACACGACAAUAUCUUUUAAUAAUACCUGCAUUAGCAGGUGCCCCAAAAAUAAAGUUGAAUUCCAGCGACGAUGUAUCGAUGAAUGUCCGGAAUUAGCCUCCUUCAACAAUGAAGGAAGUUGUGUCAGUUCAUGUCCAAAUGUCAAACUCGGAAAAAAAUGCUAUGAAGAUUGUCCCAAUAAAAUGAAUGCAUAUGAAAAAGAAUGCGUAGAAAAAUGUCCAAAACAUGCAGACUUUAUAAAUAAAAAGAACUGUGUUAAACGAUGUCCAUCGUAUCACAUAUACCUUAACUGUGUAAAUAAGUGUCCGGAAAAUACAUAUCCCCAUGGCAUGCAAUGUAAAUCUGAUUGUCCUAAAGAAGCGCCUUUUAAAAAAAUUGGCCUUUUUGAAAGGAAUGGGGACUGUUUGUCAUCUUGUGGGGAUUACUAUUUAGCAGCAGAAAAUAUGACUUGUAUGCGUAAAAGUGAAUGCAAGGAAUAUAUUGACGAUAUCUGGUGUAGAAAAAAAUGUCCAUUGCAUACAUAUCUUUUGUACUUCGAAGAUCAAAAGUACUGCAAAUCAUUACAUCCUGUUUACGUUUGGUCAGGGAUUUUCUUCAUCAUUAUUGCUGCAGAUGUUGCCUUUGGAAUUAGACUCCUGAUUUACGGACGGAGAAUAUUAAAGGAAAACGAAAACGAGAAAAAAGAAGAAUUAGAAGUUGGUGAAAUCAAUGUCGGUUCGGAAAACAAGAAACACCUGACAGCGAUGGAGAUGUAUAAUACGAGACAUAUUGAUAAAAGCAAAAAGAAAUGGGAAGAUGUAGUUAAUGUAACUGUGAAGAUAGAGGAAAUCGGGAAAUCAAAAGUUCUGUCAGUUUAUUGUCAUUUGAACGAAAAGGCCAGACCAUUUGUAAAGAAUGUGGAAGUCUGGAUAGUAUGGUGGCGUGCUCAGACUGGUGAAAAAUUCAAGAUGAUCGGAGGUACGACGGCGAGGUAG